UGAUGAAUCACGGCGUUACCUUCAUUUAGCAGUAUACACUAGAAUGCGGAAAGAACAUUCCAUAAGCCUCAUCGGUACAGCUUUCUCUUCUGGGGCAGGCGUGCAGUCACCAAUUUAGGGCUGAAAUCAACAUUAAAGCCUCAUGAGAUGGAGUGAGGAUAAAGUUCUUGGAUCCUGAUCACGCCGACUUCCCUGGCUUUCUCUGAUCCAAUCAAUCUUGCCAUUUGGAUUGUUACAUCACUAAGAGUGGAUAUGCAUACCAUUUUGGGGUAAAGGCCUGAGCCAUUGGCUGCUCAAGCCACAGCUGAAGCCGAAGUCAGACAACGACCCAAAACAUGCAGCCAUGCUUCGGUAAGCACUAACCUCAAAACGUCCAAUCGUAUUACGCUCCAACCAGAAGCUUGAGAUGCCGAGUAUUCUACGGCGCAGUGAUGGAGAAUUAUAUAAGAUGGCCAUAUCAAUGUUGAUUUCUGUAUUUCAUAUUUCUCAAUAAACAUCAGCGCUGCCUUUCACUCAUUUGCAGUCUUAGACCUCUGUAUACCUUCUCUCGUCUUCCAAGCUUCAUUUAACUUCCUCAAUAUGGGCCAAACACCAGCCAAAAUCACCAAACAAUGGGCAGAUGGCCCCUUUCCACUCAUUGAAACCCCCAGAAAACGACGCGGGAUCAAAAACCCCAAGAAAGAACCUGGUGCCCUCAGCGCGGCCACAGAAAUGUGCCUUAUCCACAACGUCAUGAUCCGCAUCCUCAACUGUAUCUACCUCCAAGCACCCAACGUAAAACACGACAAAGACAUCGCAGACUUCACCACUUUCAUGCACGCAUUCCUCAUCCUCCUUCACGAGCACCACAGCAACGAAGAGAAACACUUCUUCCCCAUGCUGGAGGAAUAUAUCGGCACUCCCGGCUGGAUGGAGAAGAAUGUCGAGCAGCAUCACGCGUUUGCUCACGGUCUGGAAGGGUUUGAAGAGUAUGUCAAGGCUCUUCGAGCUGGGAAGGAGACGUACGAUGGUGUGAAGAUUCAGAAGCUGGUCGACGAUUUCGCGCCGGUUUUGGUGGAGCAUUUGAGUGAUGAGAUUGGAACCUUCGAAGAUCUUGAGAAGUUUGGGGAUAAGAUUGAUUGGAAGUUGUGGAGUAAGAAGGUUGGCGAGAUUGCGGUCAAGACUGCGGAAACUGUAUGUCCGGUCCUCGCUCACUCCUUUCAUGGUCCAACUGCUAAUCGUUACAGGAUCACGAAAUCCCGAUCGUGGUCACGAAUAUGGAUAAUCCGUUUGAGAAACCUGUUCAUGAGGCUGUAUGGCCGCCUUUCCCAUGGUUUGUGGCGCUUAUGUUUCGCUGGAUAUACCUUCCUAGACACAAGGGAGCUUGGAGGUUCUCUUGCUGUGAUUGGCAUGGCAAUCCAAAAGACUUGGAAUUUGUGUAGAUGGUGUUUGUGUAAAUCUGUCACGGUAUCUCAGAGCGAACGGUGCAUCGGAGCAAUUUCUUGUUAGCGCUUGUUCAGUAUUUAUCUCAAUUGGAGUUGACAAAAGCGUUGUAGAAUAUAAAUGUCUUGUAUUUAGAUCACAUUUAUAAGUCCAAAAAUAUUGCAGGCA